CAAGAUGGCGGCCGAAGUGAGGAGCUUGUUAAGCGGUGUUUGUAGUUCAGGGAACCAUAAAGACGCUAUGGGAAAAUACAGAGAUAUUCUUACUAAGAUUAUUAAAUUUCCCGAGCCUCGUCUUACCGAUGGCAUGAAGGUUUUUAUCGAAGCAGUGGCGUCUGAGGGAGUAAGUUUGGUCGUUUCGAGGCAGAUUUUCACUGAACUUUGUAAUAAUUUGCCAAAUAUUGACAAUACUUCUGCUAAGAAUAUUUCACAUUUUGCACUGGAUAAACUACAGCCAAGGGUUAUUUCUUUUGAAGAGCAGGUUGCUUCAAUACGUCAGCAUCUUGCAAAGCUCUAUGAAGAAGCACAGGAGUGGAAUGCAGCAGCUAAAGUAUUAACCGGCAUCCCAUUAGAGACAGGACAAAGGCAAUAUUCAGUAGAUUACAAGCUAGAAACAUACCUCAGAAUAGCACAGCUGUACCUGGAAGAUGAUGAUCCUGUUCAAGCUGACGCUUAUCUCAAUCGAGCAUCCCUACUCCAUGCAGACACAAAAAAUGAAAGUCUACAAAUCCUUUAUAAGGUUUGCUAUGCUCGUGUUCUGGACUAUCGGCGCAAGUUCAUAGAAGCUGCUCAAAGAUACAUUGACUUGUCAUACAGAACAGCAAUCCAUGAAGAUGAGCGAAUGACAGCUCUUAAACAUGCCUUGAUAUGCACAGUCUUGGCAUCAGCAGGUCAACAGAGAUCUAGAAUGUUAGCAAAUUUAUUCAAAGAUGAGAGAUGUCAGCAUCUACCAGCAUAUGGCAUACUGGAAAAGAUGUAUCUUGACAGGAUCAUUCGCAGCCCAGAACUCAAGGAAUUUGCAACCAUGUUGAUGCCACACCACAAAGCAACUACUGCUGAUGGUUCUACUAUCCUUGACCGUGCUGUUAUCGAACACAAUUUACUGUCGGCAAGUAAAUUAUAUAACAACAUUGGAUUCGUGGAACUUGGUUCAUUAUUGGAAAUACCUCCAGAAAAGGCAGAGAGGAUUGCUUCACAGAUGAUCACUGAGAGUAGAAUGACAGGAUCCAUUGAUCAGAUCGAUGGUAUUGUCCAUUUUGAAGCUCAAGAACCUCUUCCCUCUUGGGACAAACAGAUUCAAGGGUUGUGUGCUCAAGUCAACAACAUCAUUGAGAAGAUCAACCAUCACGCUCCUGACUGGGCGAAUCAUUACACAGAAUCGCAGAUGCAUUCAUAAUAACACUCGCUGAUGAGUGAGUGAUUAUUGAUUAUUGCUUCUGAAACCAGUUAUCUUCUAUACAGACUGUAUGUUAUAGGUCUUCGCCAUGUCAGAGGCCAAGUAAAGACAUUGGUAAAUGUUAAAGUUUUUUUUAUAAUCACAAGCCACCGCAUUGACCAUGACCAACUUGUCUUGAAAUGCAUGUCAUAGGUUUCUCAAGAGCGUUGAACUAGAGGUUAUUUCCACCAUAUUGGAGGACAAUUGUGCCCUGAUAAGUGAACAACUUAUCCUUUAAAUCCUAUUAGAUAUUUUAAGGUCGAGGAAAAACUUUGUCGAGGUGGCAUUGCAGUCCAGUUUGGGACUGUUUAAGUGAGCGAAAUAGACGCCAUCUUGGAAAUAUACCCCCUACAGCACUGCAAUGUCAACUUGACUAUCUUUUUCCCUCAACCUCAAAAUGACUAAUAGUUCGCAAAGGGUAGUCAUGUCUAUUAAGUGAACAUUUCUGACAUGUUGGAGGACAUAUAGGAAGUCACCAAGUUGUAUGUUAUUCAGUUUUCUUCACUGGCCCACUAUCGCUUGUGGGAUUUUCCUCCAUGUAAAUAAUACUGAAAUAGUAAGUAAAGAUUUGAGGAUUUAGCAGUGCA